AUGUUUCAGUUCGGAUUCAACAUGUUUCAUGAAAUUACAAGACCAUUUGUCAUGACUUACCGUUGUUUUUCUGUGUCCAUGUUACCUGGAAAUGAAAGACAGGAUGUGGAAAGAGGAGGAAAAAUCAUAAUGCCUCCUUCAGCUCUGGAGCAGUUGACAAGGUUAAGCAUUGAAUAUCCCAUGAUCUUUAAAUUGACAAACAAGAAGACUAAACGAAUCACUCAUUGUGGUGUUUUAGAAUUUGUUGCAGAUGAAGGAAAAGUUUACUUACCACAUUGGAUGAUGGCAAAUCUAGUACUUGAAGAGGGUGCACCAAUACAAAUUGAAAGUGUCUCCUUACCAGUGGCCACAUUUUCUAAAUUCCAGCCACUCUCUGAAGAUUUCUUAGAUAUAACAAAUCCUAAAGCAGUUCUUGAAAACUGUCUAAGGAAUUUUUCAUGCCUAACUACGGGAGAUGUUAUAGCUAUUAAAUAUAACUCAAAAGUAUAUGAGUUAUGUGUUUUAGAAACAAAACCAGGAAAUGCUGUGAUAAUAAUUGAAUGUGAUAUGAAUGUUGAAUUUGCCCCACCGGUUGGUUACAAAGAAGAGGAACAUGUUCCAAGAAGUGCUGACGGCAGUUCAGGAGCAAGCAUGGAUGAAGACCCUGCUAUUAUGAUGCCUGAACCCAGUGGAUUUAUAGCCUUCAGUGGUGAAGGAAAUCGUCUAGAUGGCAAGAAGAAAAAACUUACAAGUGAGAGUGAUUCUGAAUCACAAAAUGCACAGGCUAGACAGUCAUAUGUACGUGGUAUUCCUGAUUACGACUUUGUUAUCGGUACACUGAGAUUUAUAAGAAAUUCAAGGCCGCCCAGUGCCAAAGAAGAAACACCAGCAGAGCCAUUUCAAGCAUUCAAAGGAGAAGGUUUUACCCUACGUACAGCUAAAUCUAAGAAC